CUGGCUCUGUCCUCUCGGAUGCUGGCUCGCCUUCUUCUUCUCCUCCUUCCUCUUCUCUCUCUCACACACCGAGCUGGACCAAAUACUUCGCAGGGUGGAAAUGACUGACUACUACCUGCUUUGCAUGGUCUGAAUUUCGGGGAAUUCGCACGUCGGAAAGGAGGGGAGUCAAGAGGGAAAAACGGAGGCUCUCCAUCCACCCGAGGGAAUUUAUUUUACAGAGGUAUGCCAGUGCCUGAGGUGGCGUCUGACACUGCCAGCGCUGCCGCCAUGUUGAGCCCGGUCCUCAACGCCUCCAAUGGAGACGGCUCCGAGUCCGAAACCACCUCCGCCAUUCUGGCCUCCGUAAAGGAACAGGAGUUGCAGUUUGAACGUCUGACCAGGGAGCUGGAAGCCGAACGACAGAUUGUAGCCAGUCAGCUGGAGAGAUGCAAGCUUGGCUCUGAGACUGGAAGCAUGACUAGCAUCAGUUCAGCAGAUGAGAAAUUUCGCUGGAACAACCAAGAUGGACAGAAGGACAUAGAAGAGGAGCUGACGACCGGCCUGGAGCUGGUCGACUCCUGCAUCCGCUCGCUCCAGGAAUCUGGCAUCUUGGACUCACAGGACACAACUACAGGAGACAGGCAAGGACUUCUAUCCCAGAGUGCUUUGCAGCUCAACAACCAGGAUGCCUAUGCAGCAGCAGGUUACCAUAGUAACCAAGGGAUGGCUCUCGGGGAGUCAGUCACUGGCCGCGGCGGGCAGAUUGGAGGAGCUGUUCACAACUACAACCAGGUGACAUCCAGCCGUGCAGCAGCCCAGUUAGCGGGAACAGACUCCCCCUCCCAGUCCCAGAGAGACUCAUUUGCCCAGCAGGUUCAUGGCGGAGCCUUCCACAUGUCCACUGAGGGCGGGACUGCACCUGCGGGUCCAUCCAUGUAUUACUCCUGUGCCACUUUGCCCGCACAGCGUGUGAGCUCCCCUCUGCAGGCGGUGGGAUCCCCUACCAAGCUGCAGCGCCUGGGAUCGGCCUCCUCUGACAUGCCCAGCUACGCCACGCUUCAGAGGGUGUCUUCGCCCAAACAGUCACCCAGUCGACUUGCCAAGUCUUACAGCACCUCAUCGCCCAUCAACAUGGUAGCCUCAGGUGCAGCUGGCUCCUCCUCCCCGCUCCCGAUGGCAGCCUCCCCGGGGGGAAACCACACCUCGUCACCCAUCCACCAACUGAGCUCGGUGGUGGGCAGCUACGCCACCCUGUCCCCCACCAAGAGGAUGCUGCAUCACAUCGGAGCAGACAGCUACAAGAUUUCCCAUGAGCUGUACGCCAACGCAACCCUGCAAAGGCCUGGAAGCCUGGCAGGUAGAGGCUCCAGAGGUUCAUACAGCAGCCAGCACAGCCACCUAGGCUCCGAGCUCCGGCCCCUGCAGUCCCCUGAGCACCACAUCGACCCCAUCUACGAGGACCGAGUCUACACCAAACCCAACCUGAGAGGACAAGCCCCGCCCUCCCCUGGUGUCGACCCAAUCCCCUUGCAGCGAACGGGAAGCCAGAGCGCCACGGCCACCUUUCAGAGAGGCAGCUUUGCCACAGGAAGUGGAGCGGCCGACUACGCCAACCCGUACCGCACUCUGCAAUUCUGCCCCUCCACUGAGUCGCCUUACAGCAAGUCAGGGCCCACCCUGCCCCCUGAAGCAGCCUUGGGCCGGUCCCCAUCAGUGGAUAGCAUCCAGAAGGACCCAAGGUACGACCCAGAAUUCCUUGUGUGGAAUCAAAAUCAAGCCGAGCAAAGAAUGACAAAGGAGUUUGGCUGGAGGGAUCCAGAGCUGCCUGAGGUGAUCCAGAUGUUGCAGCAUCAGUUCCCAUCAGUCCAGUCCAAUGCUGCUGCUUACCUCCAGCACCUCUGCUUCGGAGACAACAAGAUCAAAUCUGAGAUCCGGCGGCAGGGUGGCAUCCAGCUGCUGGUGGACUUGUUGGACCAUCGGAUGACAGACGUUCACCGCAGUGCUUGUGGAGCCCUGAGGAACCUGGUCUACGGCAAAGCCAACGACGACAACAAGAUCGCCCUGAAGAAUUGCGGGGGAAUACCAGCUCUGGUCCGACUCCUCCGGAAGACGACUGACGUGGAGAUCCGGGAGCUGCUUACAGGUGUACUGUGGAACCUGUCAUCAUGUGACGCCCUGAAGAUGCCCAUCAUCCAGGAUGCUUUGGCUGUGCUGACAAACGCUGUGAUCAUCCCCCACUCGGGCUGGGACACCUCCCCUCAUACACAGGAGGACCGCAAGCUCCACCUUCACUCCUCACAAGUUUUACGCAAUGCCACAGGCUGCCUGCGGAAUGUGAGUUCUGCAGGCGAGGAGGCUCGUAGGAGGAUGAGGGAGUGCGAGGGUCUGACAGACGCUCUGCUCUACGUCAUCCAGACCGCUCUGGGGAGCAGUGAGAUCGACAGCAAGACUGUGGAGAACUGCGUGUGCAUCUUGAGGAACUUGUCGUACCGUCUGGCUGCAGAGACAUCUCACAGCCAGCAGGGGGGGUCAGAAGAGCUGGACGGUCUAUUAUGUGACACCGGCGGAAAGGACGCAGAGAGUUCUGGAUGCUGGGGCAAGAAGAAGAAGAAAAAGAAGGGACAUGAUCAGUGGGAUGGCGUCGGCCCAUUUCCAGACUUGGCGGAGCCCCCGAAAGGCAUCCAGAUGUUGUGGCACCCCACCAUCGUCAAGCCUUACCUCACUCUGCUGUCUGAGUGCUCCAACCCAGACACCCUGGAGGGAGCAGCUGGGGCUCUGCAGAACCUGGCUGCUGGCAGCUGGAAGUGGUCGGUGUAUAUUCGUGCUGCAGUGCGAAAAGAGAAGGGUCUCCCUAUCCUGGUGGAGCUGCUGAGGAUAGACAACGACCGGGUGGUUUGUGCCGUGGCCACUGCGCUGAGAAACAUGGCUCUGGACAUCAGGAACAAGGAGCUUAUUGGUAAAUACGCAAUGAGGGACCUGGUGCACCGUUUGCCCGGAGGCAGCAACAACAACAACACCAGCGGCGGGGGAGGUGGAGGCAGCAACGCCAGCGCCCUGAUGGGGAAGACCAUGUCGGACGACACCAUCACGGCUAUCUGCUGCGCCCUGCACGAGGUCAUCACCAAGAACAUGGAGAACACGAAGGCCCUGAGGGACGCCGGAGGCAUUGAGAAGCUCAUCGGCAUCGCCCGCAGCAAAGGAGACAAAAUUCCCAGACAUAGUCCUAAGGUGGUGAAAGCAGCAUCCCAAGUGUUGAACAGCAUGUGGCAAUACAGAGACCUCCGCAGCCUCUACAAGAAGGAUGGCUACUCCCAGUAUCAUUUUGUGGGCUCCUCCUCAACAAUAGAGAGAGACAGACAGCGACCUUAUUCCUCCUCUCGCACGCCGUCCAUCUCUCCUGUACGGACCUCACCCAACAAUCGAUCAGCGAGUGCCCCUGCUUCCCCCAGAGAGAUGAUGGCGUUGAAGGAGAGGAAGGCAGACUACGAGUCGACUGGCAAUGCCAGUUACCAUGGAAACAAGGGUGAACACACAUCCCGGAAGGACGCUAUGACAGCUCAAAUGUCCGGUGGGUCUUCUACACUACACAGAGGAGCUUAUGUGUCGCCGACUGAUGACCUGAAGUAUAAUCAGAUCUCUUCUCAAGGCCUGCCAUCAGAGCCCUACCCACCUUUCCAGAACCCUCCACCAACCGACGGCGGCAACUAUGAGGACCAGGCUUUCUACGAGAACCAGGUUCACCCAGGAGGGCGCCCCCCGCAGGGUGACCUUAACAUGCACCUGCAGGGCCUCAAGUCCACUGGGAACUAUGUAGACUUCUACUCAGCUUCACGGCCCUACAGCGAGCUCAACUACGAGACCAGCCACUAUCCAGCCUCACCGGACUCCUGGGUCUAAGGGCAGACCAGGGUGGAGGAUAAGGAGGAGAGGAUGAAGGAAAAAGAAGAGCGAAGGGUUUAGUUUUAAAGAAGGAAGAUGAGAGGACAGAUCGCCUCCCUCCUCAUCCUCCCCUGUAGUUCCUGAGUAGCAUCAUAGGUAGCAGGACGACGGAGGGGGAGGACAGAGUGAAGGAGAAGAGGAGACAUUUCACUCCUUUUAGAGACAUCUGAGGGAAGAGGAGAAGGGACGAGGAAGGAACGGAGGGAGCGGCCAUGCAUGUGCAUGCACACCACCAACAACAACCAACUGACACAUUUUCUUUCUGUGUUUAGUUUGUGAUCAAUUACAGAAAGACCUCCUGCACCUGAAGGCCUCUGAUACAGAACGAAAGAGGGACAGAUACGAUAAAAGAGAACAUGAAGGAAUAGUUGGAAAAGUCGGAUAAAUGGAGCGGAAGAAGGACAGUGAAAGAGAAAAAUGAUGGCGAAUGAAAGGUUUUUGGAUCUUUGGAUGGCGAAACCUGUACAUAUGUGGUAUAGCUACAUGGCUUUUAGUAAUGUGAAGCACAAGAAGCAGAGCUGUAGGACAUGUAGGACGUCUGUCACACAAACUUUUGUUUCUCUCUUUGGCUUCAGCGUGAUGUUUCCUCCUCUGGACAAAGAACGCUUCAGGACUUUGUCAUUUGUAACAGGUUUAAUUUGAUCUUUCUCUUUUGUUUCAUUUCUACUUUUUUAAUUCUCGAUUCUGGUUGUAUAGUAUUUGAUGUACACUGUACAUUUACUGGGAUGCAUUGUGUACUGUACAUUGCACUAUUUUCUGUGUCAUGUCAGGCCUUUCAACCUCACUCUCUCACUUACUUUCCUGCUUUUACACACUGAAACACACACAAUAGCUGCACUCAGACUUUUGAAAUUCAUAUCACAGCUAGAGACGGAUGCUAACGUGUCGCUAAUGUGAAACAAAGGAUAUGAAAUGGGUGUUGAAACAUUAAUUCUGGUAGGUCACGGUGCUCCUUAUACUGCCCUACAGAUGGUUUUCAUUGACAAGUUGAGCAGCCAAAAUUCUCAUUUUUUUGGGCCGCUCUCCAUCCUCAUUAACACCUCAAAAAAAAACUUUUUCUUUCCCAUGAGCCCCUCUGUUGAGUGAACUCAUUAUGUACAUAACCGUGCCAAACAAGGGUUACUUCCCCUCAGCUGAUUUAGGCAGAGAGAGGAAGGUUAGGGGCGUGUUAAAGGGUCCAAGUUCAGCCAAGGCUUUAGGCUGAACAUCCUUACAGUUCUAACGAUGCCACUUUGUAAAUGCUUUGGUUUUUCUAAACUGUGUUUUACUGGGAUGAAAACUGUCUUACUGCACCGGGACUGGGGGGAGAAAACAAAAAGAAAACUUUAAAAAAGAACAAAAAGAAAACAGCGGAGGGGCUGAGACCUAGCGGAGCUUCACUUCCUCCAAAGUUGUACAAAAUUAGUUGAUUUCUGUGUUGUAAAAUAAUCAAUGUUUGAAGUACAAAAAAAAACUUUUCUGAGAGAUGGGUGGCAACUCUAACUUCAUGGUAGACAAAACUGUUAAUAGAGUACGGAUAUAUAUUAUAUAAAUAUAAAUAUAUACUUUUUAUGUGCAGAUGUGGAUGUCACUUAUAGCAGCAACAUUAUGGAAAAAGACUUGUAAAAAACAGCUACAUGUAGGAAUUUUGUUCACAUUUUAUUUUCUGGUCAACACACUAAAUUGUCGACUUUGUGUAGUAAUGUUGUUGCUAUGUGGAGUAGAGUAGACCAGGGCCCGGGGAUCCACGUUGUCACUUAGGCAGUUUAAAAAGGUGCUACAUCUGUGAGAAGUAUUUCCAACUUGUUUGUAUUUAACUGUGCACAAAAUGUUUGUUUCCCUCUGCAUCAAUAACAAAUUAUUAUUUAUUAUCAGGCGCCACGAUAAUAGAGAACAGUGUCCCAUGCAUGAAAACCCUCGAUUCUAAUCAAUUGGUCUCAUUAUGCUAAACAGAUCAAAUUGCACCCAUGAACGCAUGAGUAUUUGUUGUCAGUGAAUCAGAGAGUAAAUGGUGAAUUUUAUUUUGAAAAGCUAAAUUGUGACAACAGACCCUGGUUCUCCCUACCCAAAGGUCAUCCUCCAAUGUUUGACUCGUAAUGCAGCUGACCCCACACAAACAAAGAAACAAACAAACACUGGAUGAAAAGCAGAAGUACUGUAUUUGUUAGUGAGCAUCUGGAAACUGACAACGUCAUGUAUGUCCUUGUGAUCCUUAGGCAGAAAAAAAACUGACUAUAAGACCUGUAUGGAGAUAUAACGUCGGUAACCUUUUUGUUGCUAGACCAAAUGUGUUUUAAAAGAGAAUUGUGAAUCUUUCUAUUGCCUCAAACAGAUUGCAACUGCUCCAAAAAAUAUAAACGGA